AUCUCCGCUCCACCAUUCAUUAACUGGGCGUUGAACAGUGCAGAUCAGGUGGAUAAAUCCGGUUUCGGAGUUCGAAGUAGUGAUUGGAGUGCGUUAUCAAAGCCUUCGCAACCUAUUAUCGUCCGGUGAAAUUUGAUAUCAAACUAAUGAAGAAGAUGCAUUAUUCAAGUGCAAUUAUUGGCCUCGUGCUUCUGGCGGCCGCUGUUAGUGCAGAGUUUGGAUACUACAUCCCGAAGGCGUUCUACAAAAUCGACGAGAAUGGAUACAAAUCCCCAUUGACCUACAUCGAUAACCUGCCGCCAACCUUCCAUCGUACGAGGAGAGCCGCUCAGCUGGGAGGAGUAAACUUCGGCUUCCCGAUCCAGUUCCCAUCAUUCCCGCAGAUUCCGUCUGGCAGCUUCCAGGGAGUGCAGACCACCAUCACCAGCGGAGGACCAGGAGGCAACGGAGGUAACCUGGACAAUCGUUUCGACGAGGGUGGCCAAACGGUUCAAACCACGUUCACCUCAUUCAACAACGACAAAGGACACUUCUCCCAGACGACGCACUUCUUCGAUAAGGACGGAAAGGUGACAACCCACAGACAUGAGUCUGGUCCCGGAAGCCAAUCCGGUAACCCGCAAUCGGAUUCUUCGGCACCUCCAUCGUCAACGUCGUCCGCGUCUCCCACCACCUCGUCUUCUUUGCCAACCCAAAAGAAGAACUAAGUUUUCGACUCUGAUGAAGGUUAACCCAAAAGAAAAAACUUCACAACUAGCAUAGUCACGAUGAAGAUGGAGAUAUGAGCGACAAUGUUUCGAUUGAUGAAAAAACUGUAAAAAAACUGUAAGAUAAUACUGUCUUGGGGUGUGCCUAUAGACCUAUGUUAUAUCUGCAGAUUGCAUUAGGAUUUUUAAUAGCGAACGGAAAUAUGAAUCACCCCAGAAACUAAGAAAUUAAGUUGUUGCAGUCAAAUUCACAGACUCCGUAAUUGACAUAAUCACCUGAAAGCUAUAAAAAUGAUAAAAAUUAGAUGUGUCCACCGAAUCAUCAGUGCGCGAUCUGGUCAGUCUUCUCUCGUUAGCUACAUGGGCGCAUUAAAAUUUGCCGAUCUUUUCGAUUGAUCUUCUUCGCAACCCUCUUUCCGAAACAUAUGAUUUAAUCAAAAGCCGCUCGGAUAUUGAACUUACUUUAUUUGAAAAAAAAAAAACCGGCACGCACAGGAAACGACAGUGUGAAAUUAUCCGCGCAAAUAACUGCGAUAUGCGAUGUAGCAAAGCAAAAAACUCGGAAAUAAUCUCUCUUUUUCGUGUCGCCACACAUUCAUUGGCGGCGUGGUGCGCACGCGGUCGAUCUCCGCAUUUCGUCGUCAAAGGCGGGGAAAAAGAUCAUCAUAACAGUAGCAAUCAACCGAAACCGAUCGGGAAAAAGCAUCGAAGUCGGAUCGAAUCAAACUUGUGGCUUUUGCGCGCGCGAUGACGAGAGGAUGCGCAAGGUGAUGCGCAGAAAAUACGAACUUCCGAUGCUCCCCAAAACUAAUUUAUUGUGUGUGUACUGAUUCGUAAUUUAAAAUGCCAAUUUAAGUUAAUGUGUAGGUAGAGUCUAGGAUGAUGAUAACAAGAUACAAAAAAAAGAGAAAGGAAACUAAGAUGAGAAUGAAUAAAGUAGUUUUAGAAUGAUAGGCAGUAAGAAACGAAA